AUGGCGAAUCUGGCCAACACUAUGGAGGCGAAUGCUGCUGCGACUCUGCAAGCUGUGCAGAGGCUAGGUCAACCGGCUGGGAACGGCAAUGAAAAUGGGAACGGCGAAGGGAAUGCUCACUAUAAUGCUGAGGGAAACGAAGGUAACACGGGAGGCAUUCUGAUGACUUUGGCAACCUUCCUCAAGGUUCACCCUCCAAUAUUCCGAGGAUCAACUAAUCCCACUGAAGUGGAUCAUUGGUUCCAGGCCAUGGAGCGUGCCUUACAGGCGCAGCAUGUUCCAAACAAUUGGUAUGUGGUGUUUGCCGCUUAUCAGCUUGCGGGAGAGGCCCAGCCCUGGUGGCAAGUAGAGUGUCGCUUGCUACAGCUACAGAACGCUGAUGUUCCGUGGGAUGUGUUCCGAACGGCCUUUUACAAGAAGUACUUCCCUGAGUCUGCAAGGAAAGUGAAGGAGAUGGAGCUAAUGCAGCUGAAACAAGGUUCCAUGACCGUAGCAGAGUACACCAACAAGUUUGAAGAGCUUUGUAGGUUUUCUCGGGUGUGUCAAGGUGACCCGGAGACUUACGAGAGCUGGAGGUGUAUUAAGUACCAGAGGAGUUUGAAGGAUAGCAUUAUGACUGCUGUGGCUCCUAUGGAGAUCCAUGUCUUCUCCGACUUGGUGAACAAAGCAAGGGUGGUAGAAGAAUAUGCCAAGACAGUAGCUAUAUCCAAAGAUACCCAUGGAGGAAAUACUAAUAGGGGACGUGACGAUUACCUCGGACCAAGGGGGCAGAACUUCAAGAAAGAUGGACAAACUCCUCAGCAUCUGCAAGGUCAAGGGAACUUCAGAAGGGACAACAAUGCCCAGUUUUACCACAUGAAGGGAAGUCGUCUAUGUUUUACUUGUGGGAAACCUGGACACAUAUCCAAGUAUUGUGGCCGUGGGAGAAACCGAGAUGAGGGUCAGCAGCAACAGUCAGGCCGUGUACUUGCUUUGGAUGCAUGUGAUGCGAUGGAGUCGAGUCCUCCGACGGAAGGUAAGCGUGUGCUUUGA